UCAUAGACUAAAAUAUAGAUUUUCUUCGGAUAUGGCCGCUGUAUCGGCAAUACAACAUCUGCAAUGUUUUGUAAAUUCAUUUUUAUAAAAUGAAUAAGGUGUUUUUUACUUAUGUAUAGUGAUUAGUGGACCGUGUACAGUGCUGUGAUAUUUGUAAUGGAUGCAGAGAACGAGUACGAAAAAAAGAGAGUUCGUGAGGCCAUACAAACGAUAGAGACUAUCCAGUCCAUGAUCGACGUUUCAGCUGAUAGACUCGAGGGUUUACGGACACAAUGUUCGACGAGCGCCGAGCUGACGCAGCAGGAGAUCCGGACCCUGGAGGGCAAGCUAGUGAAGCACUUCUCUCGACAGCUGGUGAUCAAGGCCAGCUUCGGUGAGGAGUUGCGGCGUGAGCUCGGCGAUGUGCCGUGUCUCGCGCAGUGGCUACGAGUCGUGGGGCUCAGCCCCGAGGCUAUCGAGGCGGUAUGUUCCCGCGUGGCGUCACUGGAGACGCUGCGGGAGCGCUCCGACCACGAGAUGCGCGCGCUGCUCGCCGGCGCCCGCGACGAGGAGGUGCUGCGCCUGUGCCGCGCCAUGCAGCGCCUCAGGUCUUAUAUAGAGGCGCUAGGUCGCGGCGAGGGCGGCGCGGAGCUGCAGCUGUUCUGGGACUCGUGGGAGCGGCAGGCGCGGGCGUCGCCGCGGGCCCCGCGCGCGAGGCACGCCAACCACGACCACCACGGCACGCCGCAUAAUAAGAAAGGUGGCAAGUCUCCCCCCACUCCUGUGGCGAAGCGGAAACAGAACAGCACCCUGCCCGCGCCCGCCGCGCUCACCAAGUCACGCUCGCACGAGUCGCAGCUGUCCGUCAGACCUGAUGCCUCAGACCUCAGCGACAACAGCCAGUCCUCAGCAGUAGGCACAGGCGAGGUGACUCCCCCCGCCUCCCCGCACGACACGGAAUCCGACAACACGCCACAACACCGACCCCUAGCUUACUACAAUAAUAACCUGCGGCGCGCGAGCGGCGGGCGGGCGGCGCGGCUGGCGCGGCUCGUAUGCGCCUGCGCGGUGACUCAGCCGCAGCCGCUGCCUCUCUACACGCAGGUGGCGGUAGUGGCGCCGCGGUCGCCGCGCACGCCGACGGUGUCGCGCUGCAUGGCGCAUGACAUCGCGCAUCGCUUCACCAAGACCUUCAACAUGAUCGCGACAUGCGAUUACUGUGAUAAGCAGAUGCUCUUCGGUUCGGGACUCAAGUGUAAGGAGUGCAAGUUUAAGUGUCACAGGGAUUGCGAGAGUAAAGUACCUCCCUCUUGUGGUCUACCGCCAGAGUUUGUGGAUGCUUUCAAAGAAAAGUUCCAUAAAGACGGCGGUUACUACGGCUACGUGUCGCCGACGCCGGGCCGCGGCACAGGCUUCCUGUCGUCCCUCACGCAUCGCCGCCGGCCACACGCGCCGCCCGCGCCUCACCAUCAGGGCGGUCCCGACUCUUCCUCCAACACGUCAUCGUGCAACAGCUCGACGCCGUCAUCCCCUGCGCUGGCGCCGCCGCUCACCCCCCACCAUCCGCAUCAUCCCCACCACCCACCCACUACGAAGCAGCAGUUUCAUUUCCCUGAAGUAAAGCCGGUGGUGUCGAGCCCCAACCACGUGGCGGUGCAGUCGCCCGCGCGCCACCACGACAAGGAAGACCUCACCGCUAGUGUUAAAAGUGGCGACAGUUCCCGCUGCGUGUCGCUGUCGGGCUCGGGCUCGACGGACAGCGGCGGCUGUCAGCGCGGCGACUCGCUCGACAUGUCCAACAAGCACGGAGACUCGCGGUGGCCCAGGCAGAAUAGUCUAUCAAUGAAAGAAUGGGACAUCCCGUACGACGAGCUGAAGCUGUUCGAGGUGAUCGGCACGGGGCGCUUCGGCACGGUGUACCGCGGCAGCUGGCACGGCGCCGUGGCCGUCAAGGUGCUGCACGUGCUCAGCGACGACUGCGUGCCGCUCGACACCUUCAAGCACGAGGUAGCGACAUUCCGCAAGACCCGUCACGAGAACCUGGUCCUGUUCAUGGGCGCGUGCAUGAAGCCGCCGCGACUCGCCAUAGUGACGUCGCUGUGCAAGGGCAUGACGCUGUACACGCACAUCCACCUGCGCAAAGACAAGUUCACCGCCAACAAGAGCGUCAUCGUUGCGCAACAGAUAUCUCAGGGAAUGGGCUACCUCCACGCACGAGGCAUCAUUCACAAGGACCUGAAAACCAAGAACAUAUUCUUAGAGAACGGCAAAGUGGUGAUCACGGACUUCGGCCUCUUCAGUGUUACCAAACUUUGUUUUGGAAACAAAUUAGUACAAAGUCUGCGCGGCGACAGCCUGGGCAUCCCGGCGGGCUGGCUGUGCUACCUGGCGCCCGAGCUGUGUCGAGCACUCACGCCGCACGCCAGCCUGCACCUGCCCUUCUCCAAGGCCACCGACGUCUACGCAUUUGGUACGGUGUGGUACGAGCUGCUAUGCGGUGAAUACCCGUUCAAGAGCCAGCCGCCCGAGGCCGUCAUCUGGCAGGUCGGCAAGGGCGUCAAACAGUCACUCGCUAACAUGCAGGCCUCCAGAGAUAUUAAGGACAUCCUAAUGCUAUGCUGGUCGUACCGCUCAGCAGAGCGACCGGACUUCCCGCACCUGCUGUCCACGCUGCAGAAGCUCCCACGCAAGCGCCUCGCGCGGUCACCCUCGCAUCCCGUGCAUCUGUCCCGGUCUGCGGACUCCGUGUUCUGAAAUAUGAGGGUAGGAUGCUGGGAGAUUGUGGUGGAGUAGGCUGGUAUCAAACGUAAUGGCGGCGCAGUGUUACGGAGGGCAUUGGGUAGGUGGUGUAAGUAAAGCGAUUUGUGAGCCGUCAUUGAGUUUGGUGAGGGCUAAAUAAGAUCUGUAUGGAUUCCUUCUUGUUUAUCUGUUCUGAAAUGUUUGGUAACCUAAAAAGUUGGAAGGUUUCGUAUCUACAAGACGAGAUUCUUUUUAUUCCUUAUCAAUAAGUUGAUGCUAAAGUUCUUGUUAUACUAUUUUACUUUCAAUAACUUUCCUUAUAUCUUCUUUCUCGUAUAAGAAUCUCUCUGCAAUCCCUGCCCAUUGCCUUCUUACGGAUUCCUUAUCCCAUCAUUGCAAAAGUUGGAUUAAACGUUAUUAGUUUAAUCAAGACUUACUACUUAUUCACGCCAGCCACUCUCACCACAAAGGGUAUUCGCCAAUCUCGUAUAUCGACGAAAUAAUUAAACUAUGUAUUCAAACAUUUCACCUGACCCCGGUCAUUUGAAAUACCAUGGAUAUCUUCUCUUCAACAAAUUGGGAGAACAAUUUACUAUAAAUUAUUUUCUAAGUUAUUUAUUUUAAUUAUCAUAAUUGACCGUAUCGUCCAAAAUUGUCGCAUAAUUUAUUUAAAUUAAUUUGUAAAUAUUUUGAUGUUUUCUUUGAUUUGUAUUUAUCAUUGCUAAGCAUGAGACAUCUUCAAUGUAAAGAUGAGCGCUGUAAGUAUUAAAUUUGAUUUAUUUUUAAAAUUAAGACUAUGAAAAAGACAGAAAUUGUCCUCCCAACUUGUCUAUUAAAAUAUAACAAAGAAGUUAUAUUCAGUAUAACACAACAAACGGGUUUUCGAUACUUAGUAUAAACAUUUAUAAAUAAAAUGUAAAAUAUGUUAAUAAUGUCUAUUGUAAGUAAACAAUCUUGAUCUCUGAAUAAUCGAUAGAAUAAAUUAUAUUUUCGUAAUUAAAGUAAUAACUGAUUCUAGUAAAAAAAAUGAAAAAAAAAACAAGUGAAAAUGACUGCUUUGUUGAUAGAAUGUAAAUAUUAUGUACAGUGUUACGAUUUUGCUGUGAUCGAUUACUCGACUGUUUUAAGUUGCAAAUGAAACUACACAACAACAUCUUGGAUUCACAAAAUAAACAAUGUUGAAUAAAUACGAGAUGAAACAAUUAUGACUGUACUAUGAACCUUUGAAAUGACAUCAGUGGAUUUUGUAUCUCAAAACAGUCGAAAUGAAUGCACUGAUCUAUUGUACCAAGUGAAUACCAAGAUAAAGCCUUAUAACAUUUAUAAGAAAGCUCCAGUAAUUGGGUCUAUAGCUGUCCAAAAUAGACUCAAAAGUGUUCUCCGAUAAGAAUACUUAUUUUAUUUACGCGUUUAAGUAUUUGUUUCAAAAUAUUAUCAAAAAAACGUUGAGCAAUAUUUUAAUGUCAACCUCAGUAUCAAUAACUUUACAGGGUUCUCAAAAAUAAGGUUAGUAAAAUAUUUUUUUAGACCCAAAGGUAUAGCCUACUAGAUUAAAAAAACUGUAUUACUAUAAUAAAUGUCUUAAAAUAAUGAUAUAAUUAUAAAACUACGAAGAUCAGUGCAUUCAACAAAAUAUUCUGUCUAUACUAGGCUAAGAGUUGACAUCUUUCAUACCUACUACGUUAUUUUUACAGGUUUUCUUAUUAAAAUCUUCUAUGAUAGUCCCCUGUGGUACGACACACGAAUUUAUUUGAUAUUACAUAGUAUAACGACAGUUUAUUUAAUGUAAAAGUCAAAAUUUUAGCGAAGGUUUAAGAGAUUAUUGGGGUCAUAAUUAUUCUGUUCCAUCAGAAGCAAGUUUUGCUUCAUUGUGACUGUAUGAUUAAAGCUACUUUUUAUUCAUACAGAUAGUAUGUCAAUUUAAAUAAAGUUGCUGGCUCUAAUAAUCUCUUCAGCUAUCUAAAUACAAAUAUGUUUUGUAAAUAAAAGAAUAUAACAUUCCUUUUCGUAGGUUGUUGAGGUUUAAAACUUGAUAGUUACUAUUCAAGCUGUAGUAAGUACAUCAGUUUGUAUCUUUUUAAAAGUUACCACUUUCUUAUAUCGUUGCUAAGAGGCUUAUCGUUAGUCUAGGCUGAAAUACAGGCGAUGUUUAUGCUGUGUCGCGGGCUUAGAUGUGACUGAGAAAACUAGGAAAAAAUAAGUAUUAUUAAAUGGGAGUAAAAAAAUUCGAACAGAAAAUCAAUAAAUUGGCACAAAAUUAUUUUAAUUGUAUAAAAUUCUGUGUGUCAGUCACAUCUAAAUCCACCACAUGAAAGCUAUUAUCAAAUCAUCAAUUAGCAAAAAAUAUCAUUUAAAAUGAAAAAAAAAAGAAAAUAACAGUUCAUUAUUUUAUUGUUUACUAAAUUAUUGUUAUAAUUAAAGGAAAAUUGUUCUGGUCAGUCGACUCCUAUUACUAUAGUUUGUAAUUAGGCGAGGCGUCCGCAAUCUGUACAUAGACCACCCGCUAGGCGCCCGCCGUUUGUAAUAUAUAUUUAUUAGAAGAGAACAAUGGUUGGAAUGCAGAUGGAUGUAGUUUUACAUUAUGUAUUGAGAUUUGAAACGAUUAGGUUAGUUGCAUUUGCCAAAAUAAAUUUCCCGAUCACUGUU